AUGAAGCUCAAGGGCCACCAAACUAGAAAUUUCCACCAGAUGAAGGGGAAACCCCUAAGGCUUUGCCGACAUAAAUUCCACGAGCCUUGUGGGAAAUGUAGUCUCAGGUGGCUUUGCCGGGAAGACCCCGCGAAAUCUCGGCGCGUUGUUAUUCCCGCGCACGCGCAGGAGGGCCCUCCGGAAGUGGCCUAUGUUCCUCGGCGUGCUUGGGUGCUGAGCUGCUACGGUACUCACUACAGGUUAAAGACGAAUGUGCCGUUACAGGGAUCGGUGACAUUCCAGGAUGUGGCUGUGGACUUCACCCCAGAAGAGUGGCAGCUGCUGGACUGUGAUCAGAGAACCUUGUAUUGGGAUGUGACGCUGGAGAACUUUAGAAACCUCACCGCAGUGGAAGUUAUCUGCUUACUUGAUGAUGCACUAGAGAGACAGGAGGGAAGCAAAGACAAUUUUUUGAAUCAAGAUAUGUUCACCUUCAAGAAAACACUGACCAUGAAGAGAGUCCAAAAUCGUAACCUGAGUAUAAAAUUUAUUUCUUCAAGACAAACACAACAUAAAUGUGAGUCAAAUGGAAAGAGUCUGCAACCUAAUUCACACUGGCUUAGUUAUAAUAAAAGUUAUACUGGAGAAAAUUCUUAUGAAUACAAAGACUGUGGAAAAGCCUUCAAAAACAAGUCUCAUCUUGUUAGACAUGAAAAAAAGCAUACAAGAAAAAAACCCUUUGAAUUCAAUGACUGUGGGAAAGCCUUUAACAGUAAGGGACACCUUAUAGCCCAUCAAAACAUUCAUAGUGGAGAGAGAUCCUUUGUGUGCAGUGAUUGUGGGAAAGCAUUUGUGCACGAAGCACAACUGGUGGUCCCCCAGAGACUUCACACUAGAGAGAAGCCUUAUGAAUGCCAUCCGUGUGGGAAGUUGUUCACUCACAACUCCUCCUUUACCCAACAUGUGAAAUCUCAUGCACUCGAGAACUCGUUUGAAUGUAAGGAAUGCGAGAAAACCUUUGAGUACAGUUUAUCCCUUUAUAAACGUUCUAGAUUUCAUAUAGGAGAGAAAUCCUACAGAUGUAGAGAAUGUGGCAAAGCCUCAGUGCUUGUCAUGCAUCAGAGGAUUCAUACAGGUGAGAGACCCCACGGGUGUACGAACUGUGGAAAAGCCCUCAUCAAGAAGUCACAAAACUUUUUUAAAAAAAAGAAGUCACGUCUCCUUAAACAUUACUUAACUCCUACAGCAGAGCAACAUAACAAAUGUAGUGCAUGUGGGAGAUGUUUUAACCAGAAGACACAUCUCACUGUCCAUCAAAGAACUAAUAAACACAUGGAAGCUUUGUGA